AUGUCGCUCUUGUGUUCUGUCCUCAACCAUGAAAUCACCAGGGCUUACCGCGUCCACAGCGACUUCCACGCACGAUAUCGGGCCGUAUCACGCACAUAUGUGUUCCGCUUUGCUUCGGGUCUCAGACAUCACACAGAAAUGCCAGUAACGGAGAGGGAUCUGUGCUGGGCAUUACGAGACACGAGGCUAAAUAUCGCUGCAAUGCAAGAGGCUGCCGCACUUCUGUUAGGAACCCAUGACUUCAGCACCUUCCGUGCCUUGAGCUCAGAGACGCCCUUUAAGAACCCAGUGAAGACCCUAGAGAAGGCCCAGCUGGAAUCUGGGGUCUCGUUCAGUCAGAGACACUUUCACAGAGAUAUUCAGUUCUGGGAGCUCACUUUUAAAAGUAGGUCCUUUUUAUACAGACAAGUGCGGAGGAUGACUGGGGCGCUGGUUGCCGUCGGUCAGGGUAGACUGUCUGUUAGUCAGAUUCAGGAGCUGCUAGAAACACCAGAUUCACUGGCGUUCCCACAAAACCUGACGGCCCCAGCCCACGGCCUGUUUCUGACCGACGUACAGUACAGAGAUACAGAUCUUGGAGCUUGUAUGCUGGCUGAACAGUAAAAUAAUCAUUUAAAUAAAUAUCUCAC